AUGGCAGAUCUGUCGAAUAUUCCCAUUGCCCCCAACCCAAAUGGCGGGCCGUCCAAUUUUGUCAACGCGCCAUCGCUUGAGUCGACGGUCCUGUCGCUGGGUCUAGCGCUUAUAUGUAUUAGCAUGGCAUGUCUAACGUUACGGCUGCUUUCUAACUAUCAGCGAACGAACAAGUUUCGACUGGAUGACUAUCUAUGUAUAUUUGGAGAGUUGGCUGGUAUUGGAUUCUGGGGCAUAGUUUAUUCGGUUGCUCGAGAUGGCAAUGCCAAACAUUCAUGGGAUGCACCGAUGAGCAUAGUCACGCCAUCGUUCAUCAAGAGACAUUUUGCAUCGCAAAUGCUUAGCUAUCCAGCGCUGUGCGCAACCAAGGCUGCUAUCUUGGCUCUUUAUAUCCGCAUAUUCGACAACUCGCGAUGGAUGCGUCGAACAUGCUAUGUCCUCAUGGUCCUGCUCUUCCUGGCAUAUGGAGUCAACAUCGUUCUAGUGAUUGUGUACUGCCUCCCGCGAAAAGGUGCCCCCUGGGAUACCACCGUGCUGGAUAGGUGUGGUGAUCCAGGAAUUCUUGCAAUAUCCUUCGGCGCCUUUUCGGUCUUGUCAAACAUAAUCCUGUUUGUCUUGCCGUUCCCGAUUAUCCUAAAGCAGAUUCUCUGCCCCAUGAAGAUGAUUGGCCUAACGGGCGUAUACUUGGUCGGAAUAUCGACGAUUGUCACCAGCAUAAUGGCCCUUCGCUACCGAGUCAAGACGUUCCAGGGCGAAGAUCAACUUUGGAAUGGCUUCACCGUCACCAUCACAACGUUCGCUGAAAUAUUUGGCACAGUCUGUGUCAGCUGUGCUCCCGCCCUGUACGCCUUCUCGAUGGACUUUGUUCAGAAGAGCGACCUAUAUCCAAGCCGUCGACCGAGACCGUUGUCUUCCAGGACAAGGACAAAAACAGACAACUCCUCUGCGGACGGAAACAAGUUUGACUCCAUGUCUAACUUGAAGGUCCACCAUGACUGGUCGGAUAAGUGCACGAUGAGCCACGGCGGGCGGCCAGGCCCGCUGACGAGGAUAUACUCCACUGUCAACCCGUCGUCGAACUACAUCCCGAUGGCAAACUGCAUAUCCAAAUCAACACGCAUCGACCAGUCAUCGACGAUACUCGAUCCCAACGCGAGCCCACACUUGGAGAGCUGGCCGGAAAAGAUGUGA